AUGCUCUCCUGGAGCUCUGCCAGCCUUUGCUUCUCUUCAAAGGCUGGAGAUCUCGAUGAUUCCUUGCAACAUUACUCCGACUGUAUCUCUCAUAUGCAGAAGGAAUAUGGUUUCAAGCCCGAGGAUCUUGAACGAAUUUGGCCCUGCGCCUAUGAUCCCAUACGUGACGAUGCAUUUGGGAGAGCAUCAGCCGACGAUCUUGAUGCCAUAUUUGUCGGCUAUUUUUUCUUAGCUCUUUCUGAUCUGAUGGCUGCUCGCUCCCGUCAGUUACGAAAUAUUCUUCGAUUUAUUGCUCACCUCCUCCGGAUUCCAAAAAUAAAAAGUGGGAUGGAGGGAGUACGAUCACGCGUUGCAACAUGGUUCUAUAUACUAGAUGCCAAAGCCUCCGCGUUUCAGCCCGGCGAGGGAGCAGUCCUCCAAGCAAUGGGGGGCCAGAAUGGAGUUGUGGCCGACCUCAAUGCUUCGUUUUUCACUCUCCCGCAAGCUUACAACUUGACCUACCCAGAUGAAGAAUACGAGCGUGAUAAAGCACAGUUUCCGUUUCUGGGCCGCAUGCUCUAUCUUGUGUCGAUGUUGCACGAUAUCACUCGGCUCAAACAUCGAGUGGAUUGUUCUGCUGAAAUCGCAAAAUUACGACAGGAUUUGGAUGAGCACCGAGAUGCAAUCCAGUCGCUUCAAAAAGCGCAUAAUUUCCAGUCUCGAACACGUGCAACUUUUUUUGUGCUGUCCGCUUUAUAUAACACGGUGGAAAUUUCCUUUUCUAGGGCCUUGGGGCCCUGUCAAAGCCGACAUUCUGCUUCUGCUUUCGCUCUUGACAUCAUUCGAUUAUCUCAAAAGCUAAACACACUCUACAAGACACAUUUCAAAGGUUCCCCGUCGUCGCCACCGCCAACAAAGAUAUGGCCUUUGCCGUUAGUAAUGGCUGCCAUCGAAGUGGAUGAUGACGUAUAUCGGGAAUGGGUUAUAGACCGCCUCAAAAUGUAUGAAGAGACAGGCGGUGAUCAUUACAAGCAGGCAAGGAAAUUUGUAGAAGUUGUAUAUGAGAAGGAAAGCCAAGCGGCAUGUCGCCUAGAUUGGGAGCAGAUAAUGGUUGAGUACAAUGAUGGUCUUGUCAUAUAA